AGGAAAAACAUGGCAAAGGAUCAAAGAGAAAGAACACAACAACAAACAACAACUACUUCUUAAAACUAUAAAACUCUUGUAAUAAUAAUAAUAAUUAAUUCAUCUGUCUCUCUCUCUAUCCAUAGCCAAAAUCAAAAUCAAGGAAGAAAGAAACCCAUCACCAGUCAUCACCAACAACACAUAGUACUAUCAUGGGUUGUUGUUCUUCUUCAAUUCUAGCUGAAACUCAUCCAGAAAAAGACCACAAAAAAACCCAUCAACAACAUCCUCUUAAUCCAUCAGGUUCAAUUGUACUUGACCCUGCAACAGGAAUCCCUUCCUUCUGUGAAUUCUCUUUCCCUGACCUCAAAACAGCAACGAAUAACUUCAGUCCUGAUAACAUAGUCUCUGAAAGUGGUGAAAAGGCACCUAAUCUUGUCUACAAAGGCAGGCUUCAAAACCGGAGGUGGAUCGCUGUUAAAAAGUUUACGAAGAUGGCUUGGCCUGAUCCUAAACAGUUUGCGGAGGAGGCAUGGGGGGUGGGGAAGUUGAGGCAUAAAAAGCUGGCUAAUUUGAUAGGGUAUUGCUGUGAUGGAGAUGAGAGGCUGCUUGUUGCUGAGUACAUGCCUAAUGACACCCUAGCUAAGCAUUUAUUCCAUUGGGAAAAUCAAACCAUUGAAUGGGCAAUGCGUUUAAGAGUAGCCCUCUACAUUGCUGAAGCCUUAGAUUAUUGUAGUUCUGAGGGCCGUCCACUAUACCAUGACUUGAAUGCCUAUAGGGUUCUCUUUGAUGAGGAUGGUGAUCCACGCCUUUCAUGUUUUGGCUUGAUGAAAAAUAGUAGAGAUGGGAAAAGUUAUAGUACUAAUCUUGCUUACACCCCUCCAGAGUAUCUAAGAAAUGGAAGGGUCACACCUGAAAGUGUUAUUUACAGCUUUGGUACUGUCCUUCUGGAUUUGCUAAGUGGAAAGCAUAUCCCUCCAAGUCAUGCAAUUGAUAUGAUAAGGGGAAAAAACAUCACUCUCUUGAUGGAUUCACAUUUGGAAGGAAACUUUUCUACAGAAGAAGCAACUGUGGUUGUUGGGCUUGCCUCUCAAUGUUUGCAAUAUGAACCUAGGGAACGGCCUAGUACAAAGGACCUUGUUACAACACUAGCUCCACUGCAAACGAAACCUGAUGUUCCAUCAUAUGUAAUGCUCGGAAUAUCAAAGCACGAGGAAGCCCCAGCAACUCCUCAGCGCCCCCUCUCCCCAAUGGGGGAGGCCUGUUCACGGAUGGACCUAACAGCAAUUCAUCAGAUCUUGGUUAUGACACACUACAAAGAUGAUGAGGGAACAAAUGAGUUAUCGUUCCAAGAGUGGACGCAGCAGAUGAGAGAUAUGUUGGAAUCGAGGAAGAGAGGGGACUUUGCAUUCCGUGACAAAGAUUUUAAAACUGCCAUUGACUGUUAUUCUCAGUUCAUCGAUGUAGGAACCAUGGUUUCCCCAACUGUUUUUGCUCGGCGCAGUCUUUGUUUUCUUUUGUGUGAUCAACCAGAUGCUGCUCUUCGAGAUGCAAUGCAAGCACAGUGUGUUUAUCCAGAUUGGCCAACAGCCUUCUACAUGCAGUCAGUUGCCCUUGCUAAACUUGACAUGCACAAUGACGCUGCUGAUAUGUUGAAUGAAGCUGCUGCAUUAGAAGAAAAGAAGCAAAGAGGUGGAAAAGGAUCAUGAGAAUAAGAUAUAUAAUAAUAAUAAUAAUAAUAAUAAUAAAUAUCCACACACCACUACCGACUGUCAUCGAGGCUACCCCAAGUUUGUGUAAAAUUUGAGCUGUGAAUUGAAUUUGUUUUCAUCAAUGUAAUGUAGAGAAGAAAAGAAAAAAACACUUGCUCAUUAAUGCAUGUAUAAUUUUUCCCGUUCUACUGGGGUUCUGAA